GGUCGGGAGGAACGUGUUCAAACAACCUAACUCCCUUCAUCUCGCGUUCUACACAUGUGACAUGUUGUUGCUGUGUGUUAUACAGUGAGAAAUCAGCUCAUAUUCCAUCUCAACCUAUAUCGCGUCUUACCAGAAUCAAUUAUUUUCUCGGCGGGCUUAUUUGGGUGGAGGCCUACCUAUAUUGUGUGGUUCAGCCGUUCAGUCCUUUGAGAACUUUGAAGCAUGAGGUGGUGUAUGCCAGUGCUGCUGCUCAUGUUCUCUGUCUCAAUGGGGUCGGCGGGGUUUUUCUCCGAUGACCAGGCGAGUAAGGUGGGAAUGUUUGUGGAAGAGGUCAUGCGGUGUAGACAGGUCCCCGGGCUGACCCUGGCUGUUGUGAAGGGGGCAGAGACGUGGACGCGGGGGUUUGGACAGGCGGACAUAGAACAAGGAGUUAACGUCACCAAGGAUACUUUAUUUGGUAUUGGAUCUGUGACCAAGGCCUUCACGAGUACCCUCCUGGCCAUGAUGUUGGAUGAAAGUAAUGGAGGUUUAACAUGGACGUCAAAGGUGAAGGACGUGUUGGGUCCAGACUUUGCUUUUGUGGACGAGGAGAGAACAAGGGAGACUACUCUGAGGGAUCUUUUGACCCACCGCACAGGGCUCCAUCCUGCAGUUCCGCCUCUGUUUGCGGGACUGGACCACAACUUAACGACAACUGAAUUUGCCAAGCGUUUCAGCUUUCUUCCGGAAGUUAAACCAUCCCGUGACGCCUUCGAGUACAACAAUUGGGGGUACGCUCUGCUCGGCCAUAUUGUGGAAGUGUUGUCGGGGGAAUCCUACGAAGCAACUCUGGAGAAACGAAUCUUCAAGCCACUGGGAAUGAACCAGUCACGUGUCCUUGGAAAGACGAUAACAGUGAAGACACCAGAAAUGGCCAAACCCUACUUUGACGUGGAGAACGAGCUCAUAUUAACGGACCCCUCCAUUUACGACCUACACCCAGCGGAGGCCGCGGGUGCUAUUGCGUCAUCAGCAGAGGACAUGGCUAAAUGGAUGCACUUCCUUCUGAGACAAGGGGUGACCGCGGACAACCUAACACUGGUCAAAUCUAAAACACUUGGGGAGACAUUUAAAUCUCACGAGAGUAUUCCUAGCAGGCUAUCCUUGGCAAAGCCAAAGUUUCCCGUGGUGGACUUGCAGUAUGGCUAUGGCUAUGCAUGGUUCAUGUCGACUUAUAAGGGAUAUAAACGAGUCAGGCACACGGGCGGCUUGUGUUCUUACAUAACCUACCUUGAACUUUACCCCGACAUGGACUUUGGAAUUUUUGUAAGUGCAAAUGGACCUGGGACAAUGGAUGAGGCAGUUGCAGAAAGAAUGAUCUCAUUCUAUAUUUCUGAUAUUUUGAUCGGUGAUCAGCCUUGGUUAAAUUCAUCUACGGCCUGUACAUUCCCUUUGCCAUGGGACAAGGCGCCACCAAGCGGUCAAAAUAAUUCAGACGUCACGAACGCUGAAGUGGAAUGCCUUGAUUGUUAUGUUGGCAAAUACGGACACUAUUUGUUUGGUGACCUUGAUGUUAGGAGGGGACCAGGGUCGACAUUGGAGCUACACUACAGAUUGUUGCAGGGUUCUCUCAAUACCACAGCUGAUAAAAGUACAUUCAAAUUUGAUAUGUGGGACCCGUUUCGAUUAUAUUCUCGGCCAGGUAAUGCUACGUCACUUGUCCCAGUACACUUCCAUGGGUUAAACAAAGGAAAGUAUUCACAAAUUGACCUCAUUUUCGCCCACAAAUUGACGUUUAACAGAGGUAUCAGCUUUUAUGAUAAAAACAUAUACACAAGUACCAAAACUGAAACAAAUGGGCAGACCGUAAAGAAGUUCAGCAACCUUCUGAUGUUGUUCGCAGCAUUUUGUGUAGUCUUGUUUAUGUGGUAGGGAUUGUGUAGUAUUCAUAUUUUGCUCAGUAUCGUAUUAUGACAACAGGAUAUUUUACUAGAACUAUCGGUAGCUCGUUUCAUUAUAUUGUUUACCCAGUCUCGGAAGAUCCGGGCUAGAAUAGGUCUUCAGUUGAUGCAUGUCAUCGUUCUCAAUUGCGUGGCUAGAUGUUCAUGAUGUAAAUCACUAGAUUGUCAUGUCCAGACUCGAUUAUUUACAGACCGCCGUCAUAUAGCUGGAAUAUUGCUGAGUGCGGCUUAAAACAACAAACCAAACCAAACCAAAAACAUUGUUUACCCAAGCUUAUUCAUAUCUUCCGAAGUACCGUCAACAAAAAGAUCUACUUAACAUAAUCGUUGUGGAAUGUACAUUGCUGACAGAUUAUAUAUCAUAGAAAUUGAGAGGUUUUCUAUCAAUCAUUGGAUGCAGGAAAAUACUAAAUAAUGACAUGAAGUGUUUUGUACCUACAUUACAAGAUAAUUGUUAAUUUCAAAAUUACAAAUAAACAAAUAAAGUUUUCCAUUUCAAAGUACUUCAGUAGAGAAUAACAUUGUCACCUAACUGAGACCACUGCUUGUAAAUGAUUAAUACAAGACCGUGAAAAAGGAGGUCUGUAAAUAAUCGAGUCUGGACCAGACAAUCCUGUGACUGACAUCAUGAGCAUCGGUCCACGAAAUUAGGAUACGAUGACAUUCAUCAACCAAGUCAGCGAGUCUGAUCACCCGAUCCCGUUAGUCGCCUCUUACGGCAAUCAUGGGUUGCUGAAGACCAAUUAUACCCCGGAUCUUCACGGGUCGACAGGUUGGUAGGCGUAGUGUAAUGCAGACAUAGUUACCGUGUGAGCAAUGGUCGACGCUGUCUUCACGGGUCCAAAGAGAUUCAAUAACAUGUGAGAUACAGUAGUUUGUAAUUUUGUGGAAACAUAACCAAAAUGUGUUGUGGUUGGUUGGUUGGUUUGUUGUUUAACGCCGCACUCAGCAAUAUUCCAGCUAUAUGACGGCGGUCUGUAAAUAAUCGAGGCUGGACCAGACAAUCCAGUGAUUAAUAUCAUGAGCAUCGAUCCACGCAAUUGGGAUCGAAAAUGUGUUGUGAUAUGUGUGAACAUAUAAUACAGAUACAAAUAGUUACUGGUACUUUGUGUAUGACCCUUGUGAAGAUCCGGGUUAGAAUUUGUCUUAGAACGAGGCGACUAACUGAAUUGCGUAUGUUGAUGCUCAUGAUAUCAACCACUUUACAGUAAACACCGUUCAACACUUUUUGUGAAUAAACAAUAUAUACAUAUGAUAAACAUUAUGAAUAUUGUUCUCUUUGACAGAAGUCAUUCAUGAGAUUUAACAAUUUAUCUCUAAUCAAGUACUUCUAGCCAGCUAAGGUUCCCUGUAUGUUAUGUGUAGAACUG